UCAUGUGUUCCUGGCAAAUGUCCACUCUAUGAAAGCUGAUUGUAUCCAGCAUGCCUUCAGAUCAUGGAAGUCAUUUGUUAUUGUAGCACUGAGACAGUACCAUCUCCAGGGUGCAGCAUCUCUGUUGCUGAAAGAAAGAAAUGCUCUGAAGAAGAGAAAAGAAGCCAGAGCAUAAGACGAUAUAGGAAUUUCUCAGGAGCUGGGUAUUUUCUUGCCUUUGAUGAUAAUGUUCUGGAUUAGGCAUGUUUUUUUCAUUGCGAUGAGAUGCUAAUCAAAUCCCGUCUUUCAAGCAGAGCUUCAGCACCAUCUUUAUUGACCACAUUUCUGAGCUUGCUGGUUAGAACAAAUGCUUCUAACUGCGCUACUUUUGGCUGUAUCCUGUAAGACUGUCACAAACAAUGCAAUCAUUUAUUUAUCGUUUAUUUAUAGCGGUGUCCACAGUGUGCUGGGCCUUUCUCACACAUUCAAUGUUGGGUGAGUCAACAGAAGUUAUGUGAAGAGGCCCGGCAGCAGGCAAUGUCUGUACAAACUGAAUCUAUUCAUGGCCAAAUAGAUUUUAAGAGUCAUAAAUAGGAAAGGGUGGGAGUAGCUGGAUGAAGUUGUGCCAAACAUAGGGAGUGCCAUGUGGGAAGGGGUAUGCGUUGAUUACAUGAAAGUUGAUGUGUGGGUAGAUGACAUCUAAUCAAUCCAUGGCGUGAUAAGAUGGGGUUCUCAGAAGUCAGUGCAGGGUUUUGCAGGAACCUUAAAAUCUUAAGCUUCUCUCUGAGUGAGAAAGACCAAAGGACCCUGGUAUACAGCCUGCUUUCAGAAUUCCUUAUUCUGAUGAGAUGAAACUGGGAAGAGUGUUUGUGACAACAUUCACUGUUUUUUUUUUUAAAAAAAAAAAAAAAACUUUUCACACUUGGUAUGAAAGCAGAGACACUGUCACCCACCAACCCUACCAAAUUUCUGAUGUGCAGAGCAGUGCUUGCUUCAGGUGGGAGGUGCUGCUCUGUGGCUUGAGCUCAAGCUGCUGGGUGUGAAUACCUGGAUGUCCCUCUUGGGCAGGUCACUGUUUUGAAGCGUGACCUUCACUGGGAUCUGGGAACAUUUCCCUGCCUUUCCCCACUAUGAAAUCAAUAUCCUACCUGCCCUUCUAGGUAUAGCAUGAAUGGUGCUGGAACAAGUGUUGUGGAACACUUGGCAGCAAGAAUUCUCACUUAGUUGGACAAAGCAUUCAUCAUGCCCCAUCUAAUGGAAACACACGACAUCCUGGGGAAGUUGGAUAACAGUUUUUCCCUACCAUCUCCAAGAUGGAGUAAGCAGGAUCACCCCUUGCAUGUUGCUUGUGCUCACGCACACUGGUGCACUCAGCCAUGGUAGAUCCACUGGGUCACCCGAUCUUCCCCAGUACACACCCCUGGUGUAUUUUGAAAUGGCUGAAACUGAGCUAUUGCUCUGUCGCCUUGGCUUUUCGGAGAUCGUCCUUCCUUGCUGGGUGAGAUGUUGGGACAUCGUGGGGAGGGCAGAGUGCUUCUCCUACACGUAUCCCCUCCCCACAGGUGCGCCCUGGGAAGAGCUAGGGUUCGUAACACUAGGUGGGACAAAUGGCUGGAGUGACAGUCCCUCCGCUUGUGUGUUGCAGAUGGAGCUGCUGAAGGUGUUGCCAUGGCGCCGUGCUUUCCUGGCAGUCAUCCUGAACCUGAUGGCUCUCAGCCUCUCCACCACUGCCUUGCUCGGCAGCUACUGGUGCACUGGGACCCAGAAAGUGCCCAAGCCUUUGUGUGGGAAGAGUAAAGCCACCAAGUGCAUUGGUGUCCCCAUGCCGCCCGAUGCAGGUGCUAGCAAUGCUUCAUCCCAGGAUGUGGUGCACUACAGCUGGGAGACUGGGGAUGACCGCUUUGCCUUCAGAUACUUCCACACGGGGAUGUGGCUUUCCUGUGAAGAGAGCAUGGAAGGGCCAGAGGAGAAAUGCCGUAGCUUUAUUGAGCUUUCCCCGCCAGCAGAGAGAGGAAUCCUGUGGCUGUCACUGGGGUCAGAGAUGCUGUACAUCAGCCUGCUGCUCAUCAGCUUCAUCCUCCUGAUGGUGGAAAUGCUGCAUACUGGCAAUCCUGUCUGUGGACUGAAGCUCAAUGCCUUUGCUGCUGUCUCCUCAGUGCUGUCAGGUCUCCUUGGGAUGGUGGCACACAUGAUGUACACUCAAGUCUUCCAAGCCACAGUUAAUCUGGGACCAGAGGACUGGAGACCACACUCAUGGGACUACGGCUGGGCUUUCUACAUGGCCUGGGCCUCCUUUACCUGCUGCAUGGCCUCGGCUGUCACCACUCUCAACACCUACACCAAGACGGUGCUGGAGUUCAAACGGAACCACAUCAAGGGCUACGAAGCGAGCUUCAAGGAUCAGCCUCAGCACCAGCAGUACUUCAUACAGCAGCAAAUAAGCAGCUACUAUGAGCCCCGAGACAAGCCCCUCCAUUCGGUGUCUGAGGGAGUUGACUUCUACUCUGAGCUGCAGCAGAAAGUGCUACAGCGAGAACCAGAGCUGGAGCUGGAUGAGGUCUUGGGGCAGACGAUUGGGGAAGAUCACUGUUAAGGAUCAAUGCACUGGGGCAGAGCAGUGGGGUUCGGGAGGCAAAUUGCUCUGAACCAAACCCCAACAUCACUGUUAGCAAGUUCUUGGGGAGCUCUUCCUCUAACGUUCAGGGAGUGAGAAGAAAUGGUGGGCACUGGGACAGGGCAACAGCAGUGCCAACAGGAGCAAUGUGAGUCCUCUCUGACCACAGCUUGAAGGGUGUCCUCAGCUGGGAAGGAUGAAAAUGGGGGUACAUGUUGUUGGUGCCAGCUGUACACAAGCAUUGUCGGACAGAAUUGAGGCAGGUGUCCUAAUCCCAACGCUACUGCACUAUGGCAUAUACAUUCAGUGCAAUCCAUCUGGCAAAUUGUAGUGCUGGGCCUCCUUGGGUGGUGUCACAUUGCCAUUCCAGCAACCCCCCUUGGUUCAGUGCUAAGAGUUGGGCAUGCGUGCCCAGACUGAUUAGCUGCAGUCCUCUCUGAACACUAUUUAUUCUUCAUUUCCAAGCCCAGUUGCCUCUCCCCACCCCCAGGUUAAAAGUGCUGCUGAAGAAUUGGGGGUUGCUCUCAAACACCUCUCUUUUUCUCUUUCCUAUCUGUAAUGACUCCCAUACACUCCCUCCUUGUUUUGCCCCCUCCAGCUCCCAUUCUGAGAGACUUUCCUACCUGUCUCUUUCUAUUGUGCUUCCCCACAACCUUUAAGACCCUUGGCUGGAGUUCUUCCUUUUUUGUUUGUUUCUUUACACCAGACCCCUUUUCCCCUACUGUAACAAUAAUGCCAACAGGUCCCCUAUCAAGCAAACUCGUAAUCCCUCAAAUGUGAAAUGGUGGCUCACAUGACACACUGAUGCUGUACACAGUAUUUAUUUGAUCCACUGCAGUUCACAGUUCAAAUACAUUUUCCCAACAAUA